GAUCCUGCUAUUAUCAGUGUCACAUCUUCUCCACCUCCUCGCACACAACCCCUUUUUGGAGGCAAGAAAACCAACCGAUCUGUCAAAGAAGUGGUUGUGUUUGAAGACUAUUCCGAUUUUGAAAAAGGCAAAAACGGUUCUGUCAAGAAACAAGACAAAAAGACCAAGCCCAAAAAACCUACUAGCAAAGUAGAAUCACUGGAGCCUCUUAAGCCAUCGAUUCCUACUUCGCUUAUUCCUCCUCGUGUCAAACAAAGCCAUACACCACCCAAGACACGUAUCUUGACUGUGUCGGGUGGCAUACCCAUUCCUGCUGUCAAUUCAAACCAAAUGGACAUUGCAAAAUCGAUGGCAAGAGAAACAGGACUCACACAGACUCAGUUAGUCGAGAAUGGUGCCUUUGGGAUCAGCAUGAUGGUCCUCAAGGCCAUUGGGGGUCAUCGUCGCAUUCAGCCCGAUAAUCAUAAUGCGGCUCCUGUGGUGGUUAUUUUGGCAGGGCCUACGUCGAUGGGUGAAUUUGGGAUUGCUGCAGCGCGUCAUUUAGCCAAUCGUGGUUGUCAAGUGAUGAUCAGUAUGACAGAAGAUGUCUAUUGUGGUGCCUCGGUGGCACAAUCCAAACAACUGGCUAAAUUCUCUGGCGCGCGUAUUCUGUACGCCAUGGAAGGUAAGUACCUUGAUGGAGACACUCGGCUUAUUGUGUUAGAAUUGCCUGACCCAUACACUACACCUGUGGAUAUCAUUGUGGAUGCCUUACUCGGUUCUGACAUGUUAAAGAUCACACCUGCUAUCAAAAAGCAAAUGAACUGGGCCAAUCAGAACAAGGCUCCCAUCUUGAGCAUUGAAUUCCCAAGUGGUGUCAAUCCAAAUGAUGGUCUUGCGUCUGAUAUCCAUAUCCAUCCUAAAUGGACAUUAUGUCUUGGUGCUCCUUACACUGGCUGCACUUCUAGAAAUGUGACGGGUGAAUUGUUUGUGGCAGAUAUGGGUCUUCCUUUUGUUUGCUUUGAAAAGACGAUCCCAGGAUUCCACAUUCCUUGGGGAAAUGAGUUUGUUUUGGCAUUAGAAUAUGCUUAAUUGUUAUUUUUUUUUUUUUUAUU